UAUAGACAUAUAAAUAAUAUAUUAAGAAAUUAAUAAAAACUGUAUAGUGAUACGCAGGAAGUGUUUAAAAAAAUGCCAGGGAUGUCUUCGAUUUAUUGGAACUCUGUGGACUCGCAACGCUCUUCCGGUGACAGUUCCGGUGACAUUCGAAACUACGUUGAUCCGUGGGAUUUGGAAAAUCAUGCGUACCUGCAGCAACAUGGCCUGGCCACGCCAAUUUAUGAAUCUCAUCAACCACGUACUGGACCCAGUCGUUUAUCGCACCGCUCACGUACGGAGCCUGAUUACUGGUAUGCUCCAUCUAUAAAGGAACCUGGUUAUGAUGCUCCUGCGUCUACGGAAGAGUUGUAUUUUGGUACAUCAAGAAAACCGAGUAAUAGUUGUUACUAUCGUCAACCCAUUUAUGAGGAUGAAGUCUCACAAUAUGCAGCACCAAUUCCAGCCUAUAUUCCUCUUUCCGAACUCGAGCACAUCGAGACGAUCGAAGAUUAUGGGAUGAUGGAAAUGAAAAUGAUCAGAAUUCAGUUAGAACGCGCUGGAGACCAAAAAAGGAGGGAAGGGUGCGUUUAUCAUGGAUUACCUGCUGAGGCACCGCGUGAUUUUGAAGAUAUGAUACCUCCAAGGAAGACUGAGGUCAACGAGAGAUACGUCGAAGUAAUACCACCAUCACACCUCGGUUUGAACACUUACGGACAUCUCAAGAUCGAUUACACAAAUAGCUGGAACUCAUUGCAUCGCAAGAUACGCGAACAAGGACAGACACGUGGGGUUUCGAAACGUCAACAACGGUGGGCGUCUCGAUAUGUUGCAACUAACGAGAUCCUUUGAACAUCAGUCGAUUUCCAUUUGAAUCAAAGCAACAUCUACAUAUUUGUGCUUUUGUGUACAGAAUUGUACCUUGUUUAUAACAAAGGAUGAUAUUUGUAGAGUAAGGUUCAAAAUACUCUUACAGCAUUUUCAUUUGAAAUCAGGUUCAACCUUAA